CUUUAAGAAAUCUCUCCAGUUCUGUGUGGGUAAGCUCUUCAGGGAAGUCCUACCUUUCUGAGCAGCUAUUUUUGAAGACAGGUGGUGAGACAGGCUCUAGGACUACGUGUCCCAUUAGGAAACUUUAGAAGAGGUAGACACAUCUGCUGGUUUACCAGUUUCUGACUUCCUGCUGAGCUGAAAACAACUUGUUUUGUGGAAAAGCAAAACUCAGCAGCAAACAUCUAAAAUGAAGAGCCCCCAAACUUUUGAGGAGCAAACGGAGUGCAUCGUGAACUCUCUACUCACAGACUUCUUAGGCACCACGUUGCAGGUUGCUAACCGGGAGCUAUGUUCUGUAGACCAACCAGAUUCAGGAGAGGCUUGCUCUUUUGACGUGGCCAUCAUUGCUGGUCGCCUUCGGAUGUUGGGUGACCAGUUCAACGGAGAAUUGGAAGCUUCUGCCAAAAACAUCAUUGCAGAAACCAUUCGGGGACAGGCAGGAGCUGUACUUCAGAACACAGUAAAAUUUCUCAGCCAGACCUGGUGUGCUCAGGAUUCCAGCUUAGUGUAUGAGAGAGCCUUUCUGGCAGUAUCAGUGAAACUUCUUGAAUAUGUGGUCCACAUAGCUCCUGAAAUGGCAAGACAGAUGGCUAUCCCUAUGACAAAUAUGAUCAAUGGCAACAGUGCCAUCCGGGAGUUCAUCCAGGGCCAGGGAGGUUGGGAAAAUCUGGAGAGCUGAAGAAGAGGUGGAGCUGUUUACCAGCCUGAACACUGCUUCCUCUUUGAUCGGGUGAUUGAUUUCUGGCAAUUAAAACAGACAAAACAACCAAAUCAAAAACCACUUUCUUUGGGACAGAACUGAACUUAGCUGAAUAAUUUAUUUUCUGCUGAUUAUUAAAGUUGGGAGCAGCUCCCAGAGGUCUACAGAGAUUUUACACUUUCUGUUUUUAUGUGAGUUUUAAUGAGGUUCUGUUAAAGCAAAGACCUCCAGACACAAAGUAAUGACUUGUUAGUGGUGGAAUUCCAGGCAACAGGACAGGCCUUUGCUGGAGAUAUUUUGGGAAAAAGGGAGCAUAUAGUAAACUACUCCUUCACAUCUAGACUUGUCCUUUGGUAAGGAUCUUGUCUACUAAUUUUGCAGUCUAAAGGAUUUCAGGGAGAUUUUUAGUUGGAAAAUCUUGUUAUUUUAAGUUGAGGAUUUUCUUUUAAAUUCAUAACCUAAAUUUCAUGUUAAUUUCACCUGAGCAGAAUUACUUUAUGCAUUUUCAAGAUUGGAAGCAAAAAAUAACAGUUUGUUCAUUGGCUCUUCUACUAGAAAGGCCAAAGAAAGAUAAAAGAGUUACUGCAUUUUUACUGCCACAGGAUGCAGGAAGUCCUGACCCACAUCUACGACAGUAGGGCCAUCCCAGCUUAGAUGAAGCUAGCUGCAUACCGCAGCGUUUUUCAAAGUGUGGUUCAUGUACCACUUGUGGACCUUAUAAAUUGCUGAUUUCCAGUCUCCAUCCCUAGAUACUCUGAUUCUGUAGAAGCGGUCUGGGGCCUAGGAUCAUACCUUUUUAACCAGUUCCACAGGUGAUUCUGAUUACAUAAUAGAGUUUGAGACCUAUCACUUUAGAGCAGGGGUUGGAAAAUUACAAUUCACAGGCCAAAUCCGGCCUGCUGCUUUUUUCUGUAAAUAAAGUUUUAUUGAAAUGCAGCUACACUCAUUUGUUUACAUAUUGUCUAUAGCUGUUUUAGCACUGCAAUGGCAGAGUUGAGUAGUUACAGCAGACACCGUACAGCCAUAAAGCUUAAGAUAUUUACCAUCUGGACCUUUACAGAAAAAGUCUGCAGACUCCUUCUCUAAAGUUAAAUGAACAUUUCUCCUUGAAUAAUUUAAACUCUGUUGCAAUCCUAAUCAUUCCUGCCAAACACAGUUGUAGAUACGAUAACUCUUUCUACAGAAUUUAGUCUAAGAAUGUUUGUUAGCUCUUGUAUAGUCCACACUUUCUCUAGGACCUUUGGCAAGUCAGAGAGCUCUGUGACUCCUGAGUAGUCAAUAGAAGGUAUACAUUUCCUUGGCCCUACCACAAGUGAUUGAAAGUGAAACAUAUGGUUCUAUACUCUGUGUAUCUCAUAAUAGUCCUUAAUAAUCUCAUAGAUUAGUAGGCAAUCAUCAAGUGGAGACUCUUUCAUCCAAAAGCCCCAAAACCAGACUACUUACUGAUUAUCAAGAAGAAAAGCAUUGCUGUAUCUAUUUUUGAAGAAAGGCAUUAAUGGCUUUGGCUAAAGUUUAACAAAGCUAACCACAUCCCCUCCCUUCAGCCAGCCAGCCAUCUGGCUCUCCUAAAUGCAAAGAAAUAAAGAUGUAGAGCUGCAAAUAUAUUUUGACUUUUUUCAAGUUAUGCUAUUUCUUCUAUUCUUAGAUAAAUCAUAGUAGAGGUUAGUAAUCCAGAAAUGAGAUUUCAUGUUUCUCUUUAGUUGAAAGUAGCUUUUUUUGCUACUAAUUUAAGACACUUUAUGUAUGCCUUUGUCUCUUACAUUACUGUAAACUCAACACAUGGUGAGUUUUGUGGUAUUUGACCUCUCAGGCGAAAUCACUAUUUUCACUUUGACUAAGGCAGUUCUGUUCAUGAAAUAAAAUUCCUCUGUCUAUGCAUUUGAACUAAUUCUCAUUAAGUGUAAUCUAAAUUUAAUGAUAUAGAAAUAGGGAACAGAGUGGUGGUUGUCAGGGGCAGCGGGUGGAGGGUGGGGGAAAUAGGUGAAGGUGGUCAAAGGGUACAAACUUCCAGUUAUAAGAUGAAAAAGUUCUGGGGAUGUAAUGUACAUCAUGGUGACUAUAGUUAACAAUACUUUAUUGUAUAUUUGAAAGUUGCUACAAGAGUAAAUUUUUAAAGUUCUCACCACACACAAAAAAAUUAUUUAACUAGGUAAGGUGACGGAUAUGUUAACUAACAUUAUUGGGGUAAUCAUUUCACAAUAUAUACAUAUAUCAAAUCAUUACGAGGUACAACUUAAACUUACACAAUGUUAUAUGUUGACGAUAUCUCAAUAAAGCUGAAAAAAAAUAAAUCGAAUGAUAAACAUCAGAGGCCAGCAGCCUCCUCUUUCUCUUUUCUUUUCCCUCUUAGCCAUACCAUCUCCCUUUCCAUCCUAUAUUACCCAUAAAACAUCAGAAUGUGAAUCUAGCUCCAGGUAUACUGCAGUAUCUUGAGAUUGCGGAUAUAACGCCCAUGGGGAUUAGACCAGCCCCAUGGGUAAAGCAGCUCUGGCCUGGGUGUUGUGUUUGUUGCUAGGCCACCCUAUCCUAGGAGAGCUGAAGUGACUGGGCUACAGGAAGAAGACACUGUAGCUCAGAGAUUUGAGAAUACAUUCAGAUUGUCUGAUUUUAACAGUUUAAUAAUCAUCUGACAUUGGGCAAGUAAUCCAAUUCCUUUGCGCCUUAGUUUCUACAUCUUAAAAUAGAGACAAUUUGGUAACUAAUUCACAGGAUUGUUGUGAGGGAUAAAUGAAACAAUACACUUUGUAAAGGGCUUAGCCCAUUGCCUGAAAAUAUUUCAAGCACUGUACCAUUAACAAUUUGGAGCCCCUGUGAUUUGGAGUUCAUAAAGUUCUAGGCUUGACUUUUUUCCUCUCCAUUAACUCUGUCUCUCACAAAGGCAAGCCAAUCAUAUGACUUUACCUUUUGCUUCGAUGUGAGUGAUUCCUAAGUCUGACUUAUUUCCCUUCUUCUCAAAUUCAUACCCACAAACUCUAAUUCUUUGUUUCUAUACACCUUUCUUAUCCCCAUACUUUCCCAGAUUGUCAUCCAACUAGCUCAAAAUCUCACUCAUUUUUCCCUUCUCCCUCUCUCCAGCCCUGCUCACCUAGUCUUUCUCACUUAUUCCUUCCUUUUGGUCCUGAUUCGCUCUAUGAGAGCUCACUACCACCUGCCUGGACUAUUGGUAAAAACUACUGGUCAGGCUUUCAAUUGAUUGUCCUAUUCCAGGCUUGCCCCAUUCCAGUCUGUUGUAUAUACUGCCACCAUAUUGACCAAAGUUGUGGUUUCUUUGCCCAGUGUUUUGAUUCAUUUUUAGAUAUGGUAUAAUUCAUUUUGAAAUUUUACAUAUCACUGAAGGAGAUUAUGAGACUUUCAAAAAACUGAUCAGAAGCGGGAAUUUAUUUUUAAAAAAUCAAGAAAAAUUUUCCCAAAGCAUUGCUUUGAUUGCCAUCUCUUAAAAUCUUUCUGUGGAACUUUUGAAGGUGAUUGGAUAUGUUGAUUAUCUUGAUUUUGGUGAUGGUUUCAUAUGUGUAUACACAUGCCAAAACUUAUCAAACUGUACACUUUGAAAUGUAUAGUUUAUUGUAUGUCAA